AUGCAACAUCCAUGUAUUUACAAAGGUAACAACCAGAGGAAAUCCAUCCAUGAUGUAAAGAUCAGCGGUGACCUUGGAAACAAACCCAUAGCUGGCGAAGUUGUGGCGAAAUCUGGUCUGCGUACAUAUAAAACCAAAAAAAGGGAGAAGAAGUUUUUCUUUUACCUGGGAGUGGCUGAUGAUACAGGCAGCAUUAAAGUGAUGGUGUAUGGAAGAGAGCGCUAUCAGGACAUCCAGGAGAAGAGCUGCUACCUGUUCAGAGAGGUCAUCAUGGACAAAAAUGUCAUGAAAGUGACCAAAUUAAGCAAAGUAUCAAAGACACCACCUAUUGAUGUUCCAGAGAACCUGGAGAUGGAAGCUCAGAUGCUCGUUUAUUCCCAGACUCCAGUUUGCUCCAUCGGACAGGCCAUCGGAUCAGAGGAGAAGACAUCAGUGAGUGUUGAAGGAAAAGUAAGAGAGAUUGGCUCCGUUGAAACCAUCAAACUGAAGAACAGACAAGGAAAGAAAGACAAACAAGAUUUUAAACUUGAAGACGACACCAGUUCAAUCAGGAUCACCUUGUGGGGUGAACACAUCAAGCAUCUCAGAGGAGUAUCAAGUGGAGACGUUGCCAGGGUGACCAACGUAAAGACCAAUCACUUCCAGGGUUCAGUAUCGCUGAACUCAACAGAUUCCACCAAAAUUUUAAAGGUUCAGAGUGCUGCAGUCCAGAGCGUCACCAUCGAGAUUAUCGGGAUCAUAAGAGCCAGCGAGACGCAGACUGAGCUGGAGGCGGAGCUCAGCCAUGACAACGAGGUGCAGCAGUUUGAGGUGGCUUCGUCCCUGCUGGCUGGAGCGUUGGGUGUCAGCCUGAGGGGCAGCUUUGAGGACAGGCUGCUGGGUAAAAUGCCGUUCUCAGCAGAUGUAGAAAUCAAAGGAAACCAGAUCAUCAAAAUUAAAUCUGUCAAAGAGAAGUAA